CUUCCAAUACUGUGUUGAGUAAAAGUACCAAGAGUGGGCAUUCUAGUCUCAUUCCUGAUGAUAAAGCUUCUGUAAUGUCUACUUUAAAAAAAAGAUAAACAAAUUGUAAGGGCAUCAUUUAGGAUGGACAACCCUGGGUGUUUUUGAAAAAAUAAUUUAAAUAUCAGUGAUUUUAUAAGACCCUUGGUACAUUUCACGGCCAUAGCCACUUUUACAUAGGAUGGUGCAAAUAAAGACAUGAAAAAUAUAUAUCAGCCCUGUGAGAUAUGUAUAAAAGAUCUUACUAACCUUAUUUCAUGCCCAAGGAAGUUAUUGCUGUAGCUUUCAAAUACAUCUUGUUGUGUGUUGGAUAGUUGCCAAAGUUAAGAAAGUAUGACUACUGGUUACAUGCAGUUCUCUUUAGUAUACCCAACAGUUUUGACUCUUGCUGUUUCUGGAAUAACUGGAUAUAAUUUUCCUAAUGUCAGCAAAAUCUUACCCAAUUUAUUUAUCCAAACUGAGUUACCUUCUGACACCCUAGAACAAUAUUCAUUGGCCAAGACAAAUUCUGCAGGGGAUAUUUCUUUCUCAACAACAAAUUGAUCCCUAUCAUCCUUAAAGUUAUAUCAGAAGUGGGUUUUGCUUCUUCAGUGAACCUGUAACAGUGAGUAGUAAAAGGGUAGACUCAGAGCUCUUUCAAAUCUCACCCCCUCUUUAGCAUACAAAUGAAUUUACUUUCUCAUCAGUUUUAUAUUUUUCCUUCUCUAUUUUUUGAACUUCAGUGCAAGAAUAAGAGAGAUACAAAAGAUGUCCUUUACACAAUCACUUCCUCCAUAUUAAUCAAGGAGAUGCAAACAAUAUAUAUUUUGCCAAUACCCACAUCCCACAUGAAUCUACCCCAUAUCCCACUCUUUUUCUCUUGUUUCUAUGAUACACCAACACUUAUAAUUCUCUCUCUCCUGAAACUGUGCAAGACAGACUAAACAUAAUAAACAUCAAAAAUAGAAUGAUGUUCAGAGUGUUUGUGUGGGCUGGCUGACACUCUUUUCUCAGCAUCCAGAUUUUCUGGAAUUGGUUUUUCAAGUCGUGUGUGUGUGUGUGUGUGUGUGUGUGUGUGUGGUAUUGUGGGGUGUCAGGAGGGACGUGAUCGUGACUCACAUUUUCAUCUUUGCUUUUCUCUUCAACUAUACUCCCAACUUAUGACUUUUGCAUUGUCCAUGUUCUUCAGUAUAAAUCCUUCCUUUCCACAUUCCACCGACUAGUUUCUCCAAGGCUUUUCCCGGAAAAUUUGUGUACUAGUAUCAUAAUCACUCUCCACCUACCUCUAUUGAAACGGUACUUGAUGGCUUCUCAGCCAGUCUGUUCUAACUGAGUUCUCAUUAGUAGAAAUUGCCUGGAUUUCAGCUUGAGUGAGGAAACUCUGGCAGGUUAGUAGGCCUUAAUUGGAUCUUUUAAAUGGGAGUCAAAUAACAUCCCAUGAAGCCUUCUCUGGAGGUUGAGAUAAAACAUUCAUGGAAACCAAGACAGUGCUUUAUCACUUAUGUUUUUGAUUCUGAAUUUUUAGUGUGAAUGUUUGGAUUGUUAAAAUGCAGCUUUUCGAUCACAAAGGAAUUUGGGAGUUUACUAGAACUGGCUCAAGAAAAUAAACAAAUAGAGCCAAUAUAACAUCAGGUUAUCAAAGUAAUGUCAACCUUGUAUGAUAAAAGACAGAUUCCAUCAAAAACAGGGCAGUCUCCCAGAAACAGUUAGUUAGGGGGAGGCAGAUGAAGGAGAGAGGCUGAGGCAACCCACCGCGUGGUCAGGCGGCCGUUGGGUGGGCGCCCUGGCCUCGACGCCUCCGCCCUGUGUGGCAGCGAGCAAGCUCCCCACCCACUCUGCUGGUUAUGGUGCCCACUCUCACCAACGUGUCUGCUGGGAUCCCCAGCAGCAAAGUGAAAUACUCAAAGCUCUCCAGCACUGACGAUGGACACAUUACCUGUCAGAAGGAAACUUUACCUGCAGAAUUCAAGAAAAGCCCUACUAACAUUCCUUAUAAGGCCAUUGCCUGCGCCUCCUUACAGUUUUUGACUGGUGUUUUUCUCAUUAUUACGGGCUGCCUCCUGCUGGCAGGCUACAGCAGCAAAGUUGGCGCCAACCGAGCCUUUCCAGUUCUGACUGUUGGUGUCCUGGUGUUCCUCCCCAGAUUUUACCACCCGAUCAUCGCAUACAGAGCAUACCGAGGCUGCCAGGGCUACUCCUACCGUGAUUUUCCAGACUGUGAUGACUAGGCCCCGCUGCAGCCAGAAGAGUCACAGAUGGGGUUGAGCAGAGUUUAAGGCAUUUGGCAGAUGCUGUGGAAAUUGAUGCCUAAGGAUUAAGGAAUUCUGCUGUUUUGCAAAUGCUUGGCAAAACUAUGCAUUUUUGCAUAGUUGCAAACUAUGCAUUUUUGCAUGGAUUUUAUAAAUCCAUCCCCAAAAUGUUAACUGAGUUUACAAUUAGCCAAAUAGGAAGCUAGGAGAGGACGUGCUCUAUUUUUAUUUUUCUGGCCCUUGCACAAGCCCAUGACAAAUUUUUCCACUUGGAUACGUAUAGAGGAGGAAUAGCAAUGUUAAUUGUCUGAGGAAGUGAAAAGUUACUGUGCAGAAGAAAAUGUUGUUGCCACCACCUAUUUAGAGCUGAACAACUCUUUUAAAUAGUCCUUAUCUUGUGCCAAAUGGAAAAAUGCAGCACAUUAUGUUAAAUUUCUUAUUACCAAGUAAUUUAUUUGAAAAGUUUGAGUAUCUUAUCCCUCACACUUAUCUCUAGCUUUGAUUCCAUGGAUGAUCUUGGUAAAAUCAAAUAUCAAUUUAGGAAAAAUAAAAAGAACACUACAGCUGUGUUGUACGGAGGGCCCACGAGCUCUAGAGUCAGACAGAACUCAUUUAAAAUCCCAGAUGCCAACUUUCCAGCUAUGUAACCUUGGACAAAUUACUUUAA